AUGUAUCGGAGACAGUAUUCAAUCGUAGUCGCUUAUGCAUUGACAGAUUAUCGAUCACAAGGACAAACUAUGGAAAACGUGUUCAUUAACAUGGUGAGGCCUCCGACAAGAAAGCUGAGCCUGUUCAAUUUAUACAUUGCGCUUUUGCGCAGUCACAGCUAG